GCUGCCUCGCGAUCAUAAGGCGCACGCUCCCCGCCACCGCUCUGCACAGUAGCCAGUAGACGGUAGCCGCUAGCCAUGGCCCGAGUGCUCAUCCUCUGCUGCCUGCUGGUUGUGGUCGCCCUGUCGGCGGACGCGGCCCCGCAGGACAGGCUGGAAAACAUCAACGUGGACGAGGUGCUCAGCAACCGCCGCCUGCUCAGGACCUACGUCCAGUGCAUCCUGGACGACGGCGACGGCCGCUGCACCAAGGAGGGCAAGGAGCUCAAGAAGGCGCUGCCCAGGAUGGUGGAGACGGGAUGCAACGACUGCUCGCCUAAGCAGGUGGAGAACGGCGUCAAGGUCAUCAAGCACAUGACGGAGAACUACCCCGAGGAGUGGGCCCAGAUGAAGGCCAAGUACGACCCCACUGGAGAGUUCUCCAAGAAGCACGCCGACACCUGGAAGCAGCGCGGCGUCACCUUCUGAGCGCAGCUUCUUCACCACAGCCCUACUCACCUCUGACUGCGUAUCUGAUUGUCCGGCCACGUCAUAUUCAACAUCUCAUCACAGAAGAAAAUGUGAAUAUUCCUAUCUGUUGUAAGAUUAGGUUUCAGUAACUUUCUAAAACACACAAAUCACAUUGUUUAAAAAUUUACUGUUAAUAAAAUCGUUUUCCUUCAAA